GACAAUUACAGACGGAGUUAGCAUCGUUCAUUGUUGCAUUCUUUUUGGGGGUCUAACUUGAAACAUUAUUAAAGAAAAUAUUUCGAAUUAAUGUGUUAGAAAUACAGUACUAAAUCAAACAACAACAAUUAAAGCUUUGGUAGAUUAACUCAGCGUAAUGUUUAUCAGUUUAUAAACGGUGACUACUAUGGGUAGCAAUAUAGAAAACGAUAGGUCGGUCACGACUGGCAAAAUGUAUCCAAUCGAUUUGGCGGCGCCGAAGAUUACUAUUGUAAAGAAUGUCUCAAAUGAAGUUAAAAUGGCUCACGUUAUUCCUUGUCAGCCGAAGACAACUGCUUCAGGACAAAUCAUAACUCACGCUGGAGCUGUAGGCUUGAUGCGUCCAGCUGGUCAGAUGCUCUCUCCCAAUGUCGCCUCUCAGCCACAAAUGAUUGUGAGUGGAUCACCAAUUCUGCAAGGAACCCAAAUUAUGUCCCAAGGCCAGGGCACCCAGAUCAUGUCCCAAUCACAGCUGAUAAGUCCAAGUGGACAGAUAUUAAGUCCUGGGACUCAAAUCAUAAGUCAAGGGACACAGUUAUCUGCCCCUUUGAAUAGCACAAGUAAUGCACAGACAAGUGUGGCAUCAACAGUGAGUGCAACACAGGUGGUGAAUGUAGGAGGCCAGCUGGUGAGUGGUCCUGCCAACCUGGUGGUCAGCCCCUCUGUGAGGACUCUACCUCCUGUGAGGGUGUUGCCACCAUUGCCACACCAUAAUACUAGACCGGUGCUAUCAAACAUGAAUGUGAGCUCGUCUGGGAACGUGUUUGUAGGCAAGAGCGUGGCGGUGUCGAGCCACACGCCGCACGUGCCCCGCGGGCUGGCGGCCGGUGCCUCGCUGGCCAUACGCCAGGUGCUCCCCGGUGUCGGCUCCCAACCCAACUCAGGCGCAGCAUGGUCUAAUAACAACCGCGGUCCACGCAGCGCGUUGGUGUACGGCGCCCGAGGCCCACUGCCCCGGGCAGUGUCACGCCCCGCCGCCCCCGUAACCGCGACUUCGCCCGCGUUUGGCACCACGGUGGUGGCUCCCACGCCCGUCACCACACAGCACGCGGCGGUAGUCACUCUGCCCGCUACGUCUGUGUUGACUUCGAGUAGCGUGAUAUCCAGUGCAAUAAGAAGUGCGGCUCCUCGGACGCCCGCCCCGGCGCCGGCCACCACCACGGCUGCGCCCCGCGCCUUGCCACUGUUGCAGAGAAACUACCCUCCUAAGGUGGUGGGAGUAGCGAGCGUGCGCGGCGUGGUGGGCAACAGUGCGCCCGCGCAGCUCUACUACGAGGUGCCGCGCGCGCACGUCCUCGCGCCCGCGACCUCGCCUGCGCCGUCCCAACACCCACAAGCACAAGCGGUGAGUGUGGUGAAUACAGUGCAGCCCCAGCCAUUGUCAGAGAACCGGCCGCUGACCUCUGUCACCCCAGUGUUGCCUCGCCCGUCCAUUCUCACGAGGAAGCGAGACGUUGAUGGUUCGCCAACAAAAGUGGGCGGCUUCGGCAGCGCGGCGUACCGUCGGCAGAGCACUGGCUGGGAGGACGUGCCCACGGGACAGAGCCGCGGCUCGGGCUCCACCACCAUCUCCGCCUCCUCCUCGCCCGGCCACACCGACACCGACGACCUGGACGCCAGGAAGAAGCCCAGGAAACAGAUGCUUACAAAUGAAGUGAAAUGUGAAUUCCCUGUGGAAGAGCCACCUCCAACACCACCUCCAAUCGUACCUCCAAAACGUCCCCAGCUGAAGUCGAGUUACGUGUGCGGUUGGCGCGCGACCGCGUUACAUUUCACGCGGCCGUCGGACGUGCGCAAGCGGGAGCCGAGAGCUAAGGAUAUCCUCGCCAUCGCCAGCCAGAAACACGUGCUCGCCAGUGCUGAUGGGUGGAAAGUACACCAUCUCACCGCUCAGAUGGAGGACUUGAUAACACUAGAAGCAGACGUGGGCGAGCAACAAGGCAGUUUAUUGCGAUCGUUAGAGACGGCGUCGGGGCGUGCACUUUCCUCUCUCAAACCUCAUUCGCACACGUUAUUAGAAUUACUCAAGAGUAAUAUACAAAGAAGCAAAAAGGUAUGCGAAGGCAUCGAAGAGGCUCGCGACGAUCUACUCAAGGUGUUUACGCACAGGAAUUUCGUCUCCGACAUCCUCACGCGACAGGCUGACAAGCGGUGUUUCAGAAAACACAGAUCGCAAUCAUAGCAUCGACAUUAAAUUAAUAAUGAGAUAACAUAAUAAUGUUGUACAUAAUAAAUUAAUUAGCUAAGGUGUACAUUUAAAAAAAUAAAUUAUAUUUAAGUUAAAGGAAAAAUGCCUUGAAGACAUGCAUUUUGUUUUAUGACUUAGAGUUAUUUUAUUAAUAAACUUUUUACAAUAAUUGCUUUUGAAUAA